AAAAAAAAAAAGUGUCACGGACCGGUGCAGCUGCAGAGUGUUCUCGUCACGAAGAGACGAAGCUAGAAAGAGAGCAACAUCGCCGCCCAUUCCUUCUUCGAGCAUCUUCACCUAACUCGAGUAGAGAGUCCACAAGUCCGGUCCAGAUUCUUCUCCGGUGUAGUUUUCCCUUCUUUCUCCUCAACAUGUCCGUGGGUAGUGACUUUGGAAACCCUUUAAGAAAAUUCAAACUCGUCUUUCUGGGGGAGCAGAGCGUUGGAAAGACGUCUCUGAUCACACGGUUCAUGUAUGACAGCUUUGACAACACAUAUCAGGCCACAAUUGGAAUAGACUUCCUGUCAAAAACCAUGUACUUGGAAGAUCGAACGCUUUCUCUCUCUGAACCCCAGGUGAGGUUGCAGCUCUGGGACACAGCAGGACAAGAGCGUUUCAGGAGCCUCAUCCCCAGUUAUAUACGGGACUCCACUGUGGCUGUGGUGGUCUACGACAUCACAAACGUAAAUUCAUUCCAGCAGACGUCAAAAUGGAUCGAUGAUGUGAGAACAGAGAGAGGAAGUGAUGUCAUCAUCAUGCUCGUUGGCAAUAAGACAGACUUGGCCGACAAGAGACAAAUCACGAUUGAGGAAGGCGAACAGAGGGCUAAAGAACUGAGCGUCAUGUUCAUAGAGACCAGCGCCAAGACGGGUUACAACGUCAAACAGCUGUUUCGACGUGUCGCAGCUGCUCUUCCAGGGAUGGAAAGUAUGCAGGAAACGAGCAAAGAAGGAAUGAUUGACAUCAAGUUGGACAAACCGCAGGAGCCCCAGACCACUGAAGGCGGCUGCUCCUGUUAAUGCUCGCCGUCAGUCCUUUUCAGAACAUCAUUUACACCACAUGCUUGUUAAGUUGCUUCCCAUUGGUUAAUCUGCAGUUGGUUUUGCACAUUGAGAUCCUGACGUCUUCACCUGACCACAGGUCCCUGGUUGGAACUAGCAAUAUGAGAAAUUGGGUCCACUUUGUUGACAAAACUGAGAGGGAGAAAAAAAGAAGACAACAUAGAUAGAAAAAAUACCCAAGUUGCGUCUUUUUUAUGUUAAAACAGAAGUUUCUUUUUUCUGUAGUUUCUUUUUUGUACUUUUGUAUAAAUUAAGGGAUGGGCCAUGGUUUUAUGGAUGGCGCUGUUGUUGUGGACAAAGAGAAAAAAUCUGACCCCGUUCAACCUCAAACACAACAAACUCCUUACCGAUCAACGUUUUCAACUACAUUUUAGCAUCUCAGAGCUAAUAACCUGAACAUUCACAGCCAGUCACAGCGCUCCCGCCCGUCACCCAGCUGGGAUUCAUACUUCAUGUUUCAGAUGCUGCAGGACAAGCCGAACCGUGACAUCCAGCGUAUCUAAUGCAUGCCUAGUUGUAAAGCAGAGGUACUGUUUACCUGUGUACACAAGUUUGAAAACAUGAUAACCUUACACCGGUGACUUGACGCCCUCUUUUUGUUUUGUUUAAGAGCUAAAUUUAUUUACUUCACAAUAUUUUUGUUGUGUGUGUAUGUGUGUGUGCUUUCUGUAGAGACAUUAGGAUGCAGUUACACUGAGGGCCACAUGUUAUCAUUAUUAGCAUAUUUCAGCUCCUUUUAAGGCACUUUUUUGUUCAUAGACUCCCCCUGCCGUUGCAUUGUGGGAUAACUGUAUUUGUCGGACAUCUGCACAUGUAAGUCCUCGCUUUGUGUCACAAAGAAAACGGAAAAAUCCUGUGUGGUGAUCUGCUGAAUGCACUCUGUGAUCAAACACGCCUGUAACUUUGUAAAUCUGUUUCAUCCUUGACAACAAAAAAGACUAAAUUUGCACAUGUAGAGCUUUCAGGUUAAUAUAAAGUUAGGAGAAGCUUCAUUGUAAAUGUACAGUCACUUAAGUCAAAGACAUGUAAUGUGUUUCCACGGAGACGAAGUUUCCUCUGCUGCUUUUGUUUAAACUGACUACUGAUGUUGACAUUAUUGGAUGUGGCUGUGUCUAAAUUCAGCCUUUCUCUUCCCCGUCUCCUCUCCAGAGUCGGGUAUCAUAGCGUAGCGGUGGUAAGGUCAGUCAGUGUCGAGAACACUACUUUAGAUCCGGCUUGUCUUCGUUGUGAAAUCUCUCCUGCACUUUUUACGAACGUGUUAUGGAUUUAGAGCAACAAUGCAAGUCAAAAGAAUGUGAUUUAAAAAUAUAUAUGUAUAUAAUAAAAAACAAAACAAAAAUAAAAACAAAAUUUACAUCCAGAAUAUCUAUGUACUGUACAUUCUUAGUACAUGGAUACUUAAUGUGUGUUAGAGUCAAACAUGUAGGAAUUGUUCACACAUUCCCAAAUGAAAAGUAGUGAAACUUUCUAACCAACAUAAUGAGCCAAAUAAUAAUGAUGAAAGAGACGGAGUUGGAUCAGAUACCACAGGGAUCUUGACAGGAACACACUUGUGGCUCUGAUGAUGACAAGUUCAGGUUUGAUUCCCCCGACAUG